AUGGCCGAUCGGAAACUACGUCCAUUUGCAAACACACGUUGCUGUGAUAAUAUCCAGACUUCAAGCGUGCUACCGCACUGCAUUCUGCAACGCCAGUUGGGUCGAGAAUGCUUCUCGAUUAAUCUGAAGCGUUUUCUAAUUGAGAAGCGUAUUAAAAGCUUGAGUUUGCUAUGUGGCUCGUGUAAUGGAGUGUUAUCAAUAGUGGAUUUAGAAUUGUCCUCACUGAGCAAUGAAGAGACUGCAGUGGAACAUCCGAUUAUAGCUAGUACUGCAUCACAUAGCAGUCAUAAGUAUUUGAUAACGUGUUGCCAAUGGUUCCCCCAAGAUACGGGUACUUUUUUGUCUUCGAGUAUGGACAAGACAAUAAAGUUAUGGGAUACGAAUAGAAUGAGGGUAGUGGACAAGUACGACUUUAAAGAGGAGGUGCUGCAGUUCGAUUGGGGCGGUGCUUUGCAGAGGCGGAGCUUAAUAGCUGUGGCGAAUAUGUCCUCGAACAUUGAGCUGAUCGAUCCGAGGGUUGGAGACGCGAUUCAGAACCUGCGAUGGAGAACGGAGUAUGUAUCAUCAGUUCGAUGGUCGAUAGAAAAUGAGAAUUUUUUAUUGAGUGGUGGAAAAAUGGGCAAAAUUGCAUUGUGGGAUAUAAGGAGUGCAAAAAGUCUACUGAAGACCCUGAGUGCCCCUCUGGAAAACGCCCAUCCCACUUGUGUAGGCGGCCUUAGGUUCUCGGAAGAUGGUUUGUAUUUGAUAUCGAUCAGUAUUGAUCGAUUGAUCAGGGUGUGGAGAGCGCAUAAUAUGGAGCUGGUGAGGACGAUUAAGGUAGGGGUUUGGUAUUGCUAUUUUUAUUUCGAUGGUGUUAUUGUGGGGUGGGGACGUUUCGCCAAAACGAGUAGUAUUGUUGUGGGGUGGGAGCAUUUCGCCAAAACGAUUGUUAUUUUGUCAUUAUUUACUAUUGUUUAG